UUUCUCAACUUCAAAGAUCAAUCACGAAUCAUUUCUAGUUUUGACUUUUUUUUGGUUGCAGCGUUAUCGAAGCUGGACUAAAAGGAUCUUGUAUGGUACUUCUUCUGUCGAAGGGAGUACCACGUAUCUGAGAAGAAGAAGGGAACGAAGAGGACAACACCUUCUGGGUUCUGGAAAGCUACUGGUGUUGAUCGGAAGAUCAGGGACAAGGGUGUUGAGAUCGGGAUCAAGAAGACGCUUGUCUACUAUGAAGGUAAAUCAACUAAUGGUGCUUGGACUCCUUGGGUCAUGCACGAGUAUCACAUCACUUCCUUGCCUCCUAGUCAGAGGAACUAUGUUAUCUGCCAAGUAAUGUACAAGGGUGCUGACGGAGAUAGUUUGUACGGUAAUAACUCCAAUGAGUUAAGCCACUCCACCAUGGUCUCUGACUUGAAUACUGUCAGAGAGAUUAACACUGCCCCUGAGGUUGAGCAACCAACGGAAGAAGAUUUCUACAUGUCUUGGGAUGAUUUGGCCAACCCACUGAACGAGCAGGAUGAUCCCUCUCUAUUCAAUCCAGACACGUUUUUCAACGACGACUACUGCCCUUACCAGCAGCAGCCACAAGCUCCCUGCGAUGAUGAUUAUAUUAAUAAACUGCUGAGUUUUAACGGAGGGAAUUAUGCUGAUGUACUUGGAGAUCUAGACAUCACAAUGCAAGAGCACCGCAACGAUCACAGGCCAACGAAAGCUUUGACAGGGAUCAUUGUUGAUUGUAGCAGUGAUAACGAUGCUAAAUCCAUAUCUGCAACGGUAAGCAUGUUAGAACCAAUUAUUAUAAAUUUGACAUGCUUGUCCACGCAAAUUUUGAUUUUACUUUUUAUAAAUAAAUAUUUCUUUAUAUACAUAAUAUAUAUUUUAAAAAUUUAUCACCGCUAAAUAAUUGUUUAAUAUGAUAUUUUUAAACAUAAUAAUAUUAUAGUUUAUAUUUUCAACGGUAAGCAUGUUGGAACCAACUAUUAUAAAUUUGACAUGCUUGUCCGUGCAAAUUUUGAUUUUGCUUUUUAUAAAUAAAUAUUUAUUUUAUAUACAUAAUAUAUAUUUUAAAAAUUUAUCACUGCUAAAAUAAUUAUUUAAUAUGAUAUUUUUAAACACAAUAAUAUUAUGGUUUAUAUCUGCAACGGUAAGCAUGUUGAAACCAAUUAUUAUAAAUUUGACAUGUUUAUCCGCGCAGAUUUGAUUUUACUUUUUAUAAAUAAAUAUUUAUUUUAUAUACAUAAUGUAUAUUUUAAAAUUUUAUCACUGCUAAAUAAUUAUUUAAUAUGAUAUUUUUAAACACAAUAAUAUUAUAGUUUAUAUCUACAACAGUAAGCAUGUUGGAACCAAUUAUUAUAAAUUUGACAUGUCUGUCCGCGCAAAUUUUGAUUUUACUUUUUAUAAAUAAAUAUUUAUUUUAUGUAAAUAAUAUAUAUUUUAAAAACUUAUCACUGCUAAAUAAUUGUUUAAUAUGAUAUUUUAAACACAAUAAUAUUAUAGUUAAUAUUGAGUAAUUUUAUUUUAUUUUUUGAAUCAUUAAGUGCAUCAUUCUAUGUGAAUAGAGUACGAUCGGCGUAUUCGUACAUGUAUACUU